AUAAACUAUUAUUUAUGAGAUUUCAAAAGCUUUCACAGGAAUCGAGCUCUUAAUUAACAGCUAGGGUUGCAACGGGGUUUGGGAAAUUUGGGGGCAAAGCAGUUCCCGAGCGGAGUGAGAAAUAAUAGGUGGGGCAAAUCACUGCAAGUGCUCAAUCUGUGUAUAUAACAUAUACAAGCCAAAAUACCCUCACAAUGAGACGCAGAAGCUAUAGAGAGACGAAAAACAAGAACAAAAGCGAUUCAAAUAGAAGCUCAGAGAGAGUCUCUUUUAGAUUCUGAUGGAGAGCAGAGAAAAUAAUUUUUAUUUUUAUAUGUAGCCCAAAAUGCUCCGCGGAAGAGAGAGCUUGAUCCGAUUGGUGGGCAAACGGCGUCACUUCCUUCCCAAUCGUGGAACUCUUCUCUCCGCCCCUGUCGGCACCGGUAAUGAUGGGAAAGUCGUCUCCGUUGAGAAUGCAGAGGCUCAUAAAAAAUUAGACGAAUGCGAAGAAGAGAGAGAAUUUGGGAACGAGACUUGUCACCCAGAAGAAUUGGUAACUUGCCCUGUUUGUGGGCACAAAGUUAGUGGGGAACACAAUGCCAUCAACACUCAUCUUGAUGCAUGCCUGUCUCGAGGAACCAAACGAAAAUUGACCCAACAGACUCUUCUUCAGUCAAACUUCUGGUCACAAUCUAAGGUUCAAGCUAGUUCCUUUGAGUUAGAACAGUUAGAAAACAGUGUGUGUGAUACAGGUCUCGAUGACCAUCGUGUACGCAGUGCUGUUCAUGGAUUGCCCGACUUUAGUGCUAUUGAAGAAAAUGACAUUAAUCUGUUUGGAUCAUCCCUAAAGUUAGAGUCUGUUGUGCAAACUUACAAAGAUGGUCCGUCUGAAAACCCAAUCAAUGAUGACAGGAUCAACUACAAUCUGGACACCACCCAACUAUUGUCCCCGAAGAAUGAGGUUCUUAAAGGUGACAGGGAUUUAACUAUAGAUGACAUGUCUGGGGUUACUCUCGAAACUUUUAUUGUUGGCCGUAGGUUUAGUGAUGAAAAGGAGUUACAUCUUGGGGCAAGCAUUUCUCUUCUACGAGACCCUGAUAAUGAUAAGGAUCCCAAUGCUAUCAAGGUUGUUUCUGCAGAUACUGGAUGUGGUAAAAUGCUUGGCUUUCUCCCUCGUGAAUUAGCUCAAUAUUUGUCUCCUUUAAUUGAGAAGUUCUGCCUAAGCUUUGAGGGAUGUGUGAGUUCUGUUCCAAAGAAUCCUUUUGAUUACGUUCCCAUUCAGAUAGUGUGUCACAAGAGCAUAUUACAUGGUGAAAACGAAUAUGAAGGUGUAGAGGCUUUCAAAUGUUUGUGGAAAAAUGCUAAGUGUGUAGUUGAAUCUGCAAAGGAUUGUCCACCCAGCAUGAAAAAAUAUCAGCAGAACUUUUGUCUAUUAAUACACGAGGUUUUAAGAAGUAAUCCUCACCUAUUCACAGAUGAUGAAAAAAAUUUCAUGGAAUCAUUUACUUCACUCUCAAAUGAUAGUCAGAGGCUUUUCGUUCGGCUUUAUUUACGAAAAGGGCCAUGGUUCCGGAUGUCUCAUGUUUCCUACUCAGAAGUAUUGGAUCCUCAAGAAGCAGUCAAGGGUCUCUCUGCAACAGGUUAUAUAUGUUCAGUUGAAGAUACAGAUGGACUUCAUGACAAUGACAUUAAGGAAAUGUUGAAUUUGCUCACUGUUUCUGAGCUACGUGAUAUUUUGGGCAACCUUAAGGUUUCAAACUGUAAUCAUGGUACGAGAAAGAAGAAUCUUAUUGAAUCGCUUCUCUGUUCAUAUGGAGAUGGAUUAUGCCCAUCCCUACCAAGUGUGAUUUUGGAUAAAACUGGUGCCUGUAUUAGGAUAUCUUCAAAAUCUGAAUCCUUUAUCUGGCGUGCUGAGAGGCUUUUCUUCCUGAAUAGCGAGCAAGAUCUAUCAGCGUUUCUACUAGUUGACUUGGGAAUCGUCAAGUAUCCAACUUACAACUGCAUAAUUUCAGAACAAAUCUUCUCGGGUCGAGAUGACCUGCUGGCUUAUGAAGAGGCCAUCGAAGUGGCACAACUAAUGGAUCAAGCUCUUGAUGGAAACGCUGUUGAAUUAGUGUUAAAAUGCAUAAAGAUUGCUGACUCCCGUAUUUGCUGCUCUCCUACGAAAGCAAUUAAAUCCUUAAACUCUGAAUCAGCGGCUACAUUUCUUUCACGCUUUUCAGCAUCGUGGGUCUACUCAAAAGUGGUCUCAUUGGGAGUUUCCUUUCUCGAGCGGGAGCGCAGGUAUAAGGAUGCAAUAAAUUUACUCAAGUGGUUGCUGAAUUGUUUUACUUGUGAUGGAAGAAGAGGAUAUUGGACACUAAGGUUGUCAAUUAAUUUGGAGCACAUAGGGUGUCCCAAUGAGAGCCUUGCAGUUGCUGAAGAUGGAUUACAGGAUCCAUGGGUGCGUGCUGGUUCAAGGAUGGCACUGCAGAGGCGAAUCCUUCGCUUAGGGAAACCACCGAGGCGCUGGAAAACGCCUAGUUUUUCAGCAUCCAUCAAGAGGAAAAUCACAGAGGUUCAUGUUCAAGGGAGACCUUUGAACUGUGAAAUGGGCAUGAAAAACAGGUUUUAUGGAGAAGAUGGGGAGCAAUGUGGAGUUGAGCAGCUUGCCCUACAGUACUAUGCUGGGGAAGGAGGCGGAUGGCAGGGUGUUCAUACAGAGAGUGGCAUUUGGUUGACAAUAUUUGGGCUGCUUAUGUGGGACAUCAUAUUCUCUGAUGUACCUAAUGUCUUCCGCAACAGAUUUCAGACAGCACCCUUGGAUUUGGAGUCUGAUAGCUUUUAUCUGGCAAGAAAGAGCUGUAUAGAAUCUCAUCUACAAAAAAUUCAUACUGGCAUGGCUGAGGGGAUCCUCAUCAUGUCAUGGGAAUCCCAUGUGGGAACAGCUUGUAGGGGAGUUAAUUGGAACCGGCAUUCCCUAACUGAACUUCGGGCAGCUGUUACAUGUGUUGGUGGCCCUUGUUUGGCCUCACUGUGCCGACAUCUUGCACAAGAUUACCGGAGCUGGUCCAGUGGAAUGCCAGAUUUGUUGCUAUGGCGCUUUCAUGGGGAGUACAGGGGUGAAGCAAAGCUUGUUGAAGUGAAAGGCCCCAGGGAUCAGCUGUCUGAACAGCAGCGAGCAUGGCUACUUUUUCUAAUGGAUUGUGGGUUUAAUACAGAGGUUUGUAAGGUGAGCCCUCUGCCAAUGUCUGCAUGACAAGUCAUAUUGAUUUGCUGUAAGAGUGGAAGAAAAAUAUGACAAGAAUGCGUACGACGAUGAAGUUCACAGAAGCCAUUCAAUGAUUACGUGGACAGUUUUCCAUGAAAAAUCAUCCUCAAAAUUUGUGUAUGUAGGCAAUAAUGCAUUCUUCCGACUGCAACCAAUGUUGCAGAAAACCCUACACUACAAAAAGUCAAGGUUCUAUUUUCAUUAUUGUCAAGGACUAAAGUCAGGAAAUAAAACGGUUCAGCUUCUAUCCUAGAGUCAGAGUUCGACAAAGGAAAUUGAUGGUGAAUAUUAUCAGCCUAGUCAGGUAAGGCCAUAUCUUCUGUAUAGUGGAUAAAAUUGAGGAACCUUCUGGUAUUUUUGAUCAGUUGUUAAGCAGAUGUAUCGAUAAAGAGUUCAUCUUGAUGCUCCCUGAUUUCAGACGGAAGCCUGGGAAUAGGAAGAUCAGAUCUGUGUGAUACCAGAUGGAUAUAUUGGUUGACGUUAAGUGCCAUAAAAUGCAGUCAUAUCUGUAUCUACCAUAUUAAAUCUAUAGAAAGAUCAUCGUUAGCAUUUAGAGAAAAAAAUCUAUCAAAGGGGUCACAUUGAUUGAAAAACGACAAAAAAGAAAAAUAAUUUGGGUGUGGAUUGAUAAUGUUUUUGAUAAGUGUGUUUAUUAUUA